CCAGAAACUUAUAUAAAUAAAUAAAACAAAUAAUGAGAUAAUACAAAGUGAGCUAAAAGGCAAUGGCAAGUUCAAGAUUUCACAUUUAUUUUUUAGUUUUAUUUGCAACUGCAAUUAUUUUAAUCCCAAGAAUCACCAUAGCUAAUCUUCAUCAUCAAGAUCAUUCUCCAAAAAAUCAUAUUCCCUUAUUUGUGUUUGGAGAUUCACUAUUUGAUGUUGGCAACAAUAAUUAUCUCAAAAACCCAAUUGGUUUAGCCAAUUUUUGGCCUUAUGGUCAAACAUUUUUUCACCAUGCAACUGGCAGGUUUUGUGAUGGCAGAUUAAUUUCAGAUUUUAUUGCUGAGUAUUUGAAGUUGCCAUUGAUACUGCCAUAUCUUCAGCCUGGUAAUCAUCAAUAUACAGAUGGAGUGAACUUUGCUUCAGGGGGAGCUGGUGCUUUAGUUGAAACUCAUCAAGGAAAUGAAGGAAGGGUAAUAGACCUAAAAACUCAAGUUAUUUACCUGAAGAAUGUGAAGAAACAUAUAAGCAAGCAAAUAGGCGAUGAAGAAACUAAGGAAUUGUUUUCCAAAGCAAUUUACUUAAUAAGCAUUGGAGGAAAUGACUAUAUGGCCCCUUCUGAUGUGUUCAAGUCUUUCUCCCAAGAAGAUUACGUGGGCAUGGUCUUAGGCAACCUCACUUCUGUUAUCAAAGAUAUUUAUAAAAUUGGUGGAAGAAACUUUGGAUUUGUAGGAAUGGGGGCUUUUGAUUGUGCACCAAAUAUAAAAUUACUAAAUAAGGAAAAAGGCAGCUGCAACAAAGAAAUUUCAUCUCUAAUAGAACUACACAACACCAAACUUCCUAAUACCCUCAAAGAGAUAAAAGGGCAGCUUCAGGAGUUUCAAUAUGUGUUUUUUGAUUUCUACACUACAUUACUUGAAAGAAUUAAUAACCCUUCAUAUUUUGGUUUCAAAGAGGCAAAUGUAGCAUGUUGUGGAGCUGGAUUGUACAGAGGAAUUCUGUCAAGCUGUGGAUUGGUAAAAGGGUAUGAAGUAUGUGAUAAUGCAAGUGAAUAUGUAUUCUUUGAUUCUGUUCAUCCUACUGAGAAGACAUAUAAGCAGCUUGCUAAGCUAAUUUGGAGUGGAGAUCAUAAAGUCACUAUGCCAUACAACCUUAAUACUAUGGUUGAGGCAUAGCAUAGUUGAAACCAGCUUUUGUAAUCAAUGGAAAACUUUUCAAUUUUGUUUUCGAUUGAUAAAAUAUAGUUUUAUCGGUUUAACAUGUUCAAAUUUUGAUCAGAACGACCGAAAUUAAUAUGACUGAAAUUUUUAGUUC